AUGGUUGGCAGAGCUUGGGAUGCGUUCAGAGUUUCGGAGUUUAAGGAGAUAAUGGAGCUUAUUAAACUGACGGAUUGGAGAUGCUGGGAUUAUUUGGAAAAGAUCGACAAGAAGCUAUGGACACGUUCACAUUUCGAAGGGGAGAGAUUUAACGUGAUGACUUCUAACGCUGCUGAAUCGUUGAAUAAUGCUCUUCUGCCCGCUCGUGAUAGUCCUAUAAUGGCAUUGUUCGAGUUUAUUCACCGGAAGCUGUGUACAUGGUAUGUGAGCAGACGCACCGAGAUCAGUAAGAUGAAGGGAAAUGUUCCAGAUAAUAUUCAAAAGAUACUUGUCGAACAGCUGGUGCUGUCAACGGGCCUUCUAGUUAUGCCAUGUUCGACUUGGUUAUUCGAAGUUACGCACAGGCCAACUAAUUUUGGUUUCACGGUUGAUCUGGAUAAACGAACUUGCACUUGCUUCGAAUUCCAAAAGCUUGGUUUGCCAUGCCGACAUGCCAUUGCUGCUGCUUCUUGCCGUAAUAUGCAGUACACCAUGUUUGUUUGCAAACACCAUCUCAAAGAGACAUGGGCUGAAACAGUUAGGGGUAUCAUACUUCCUGUUCCGGAUCCAAAGGAUGUUGAAGUGCCAGCCGAAAUACUAACGAGUCCACUUGAUUGUGGGUUUUUCCAAUGGAGCGAUGAGGAAGAACCUUUCGGAUGGCAAAAGCAAGCUCUGAUUGAAGCUAGAGACGAAAUUUCUGAACAAAAGCGGACUAUCAUGGAAUUGAAGAAGACCAUCUCGCACCUCCAGAGUGAUUUGGGCAAAAAUGCAGAAAUAGAGGAAGACAUCAUUAACGGGUUUCUAAAUAUGUGA